CCCUCUAUGCAAAGAAUCCCGGAAGAUGAGCGCUGUUAAAUCAGCGAGCACGUGACCGUGUAACUCGAUUGGCAAAGAUCAGAUAAGAUUUCUGUUGUGAUCACAUCUAGCAUGUGUCGAGCAUAGAGUUGACUGGAUAACCUCUCCUUCCCGCCUCCAUAACGGCGACUGUGACCGCAAAUGACACUUCGGAAUGUACUAUGGGGGGAGCGCCCGGCGACUGCUGAGGAGCGGCGGCUUCUGUUCAAGAUAGACUGGUUCGUUCUGUCGUUCAUAUGUCUGCACGCUUCGGUAGACCUCGAUCGAGCCAACCGUGCGCUGAGACGUUUUUGUUCUCGUCAUGCCGCUGCCUGAUCGUCUGAUUCGCAGUUGCCAAUGCCUAGAAUGAAACAAGCCUUGAAUAUGAAAGGCCACGAUUUCAACAAGUGGGUUUCUACGUUGACAUACCGACUCGGUCUCAAUGAUUGCAGUGUCAAUUCGAUGUUCACUGUUGGGUACACCAUCGCCCAAAUUCCGCAAAAUCUUCUUCUGCAUGUCGUGCCUGCCCGGAUCCUGUUCCCAGCCAAUACACUGAUCUGGGGGUGCCUGACGAUGCUCACCGCUGCGGCGAAAAACGUCAGGCAUCUAUACGUAAUCCGGUUCUUCCAGGGGAUGGCAGAAGCCUCGACGUUUGUUGGAGCACAUUAUAUUAUGGGCUCGUGGUACAAGGACUCGGAGCUCGGCAAGCGCGGAGCCAUUUUCUCUAGCUCAGCGCAGGUGGCCACCAUAUUCUCCGGGGUCCUUCAGGCUUCCAUCUAUCGCAACCUCAAUGGCCUGCACGGUCUGCCUGGAUUCAGAUGGCUGUUCAUCAUCUGCGGCCUAAUCACGGUUCCCAUCGCGUUGUACGGGUUCUUCUUCUUCCCGGACACGCCAGAGACGACUUCUGCGCGGUAUCUGACUCCCCAGGUUGGCCAAAUCCACGUGGUCUCGGAUGAUGCUCAUUCUCUCUGCCAGGAACGAGCGCUUGCGGUGUCACGUCUCCCGGUCAAGCCCAAGACGCGGCUGGAUUGGUCUCUGAUCCGCCGGGUACUGGGGCGGUGGAGAAUCUAUGCGAUGUGUCUUAUCUGGAUUGUCGGCGGAGAGCUCGAGUCCAUCGGGAGCAACUCGCUCAUGGCACUCUGGAUGUCUGCCAGCGUCCAUCCAAAGUACACAAUCCCAAAUAUCAACUACUAUCCCGCCGGCGCAACAGCUGUGGCCAUUAUCGCGCUUCUGGGCACGGCUGUGUGGACUGACUACACACAGAAGCGAUACCAAGUGAAUAUCCUGAUUGCAGUGUGUAUGCUGAUAUCGUCCUCGGUCCUCCUUGCCUACCCCUCCACGGGCAGCAUAUUCUUCGCCUUCUAUCUGGCCGGUGUUUCAUACGCAGGCCAGGCAUCCAACUUUGGCUGGUGCAACGACCUUGCGCGCGGCGACGACCAAGAGCGUUCCGUGAUUCUGGCCGCGAUGAACAUGUGGAGCAACGCCUUCAACGCCUGGUGGUCUAUCGUCUUCUUCCCGGCCAACGAUGCGCCGAGGUGGCGGCGAGGGAUGGUCUCCAUCAUCGUGCUAUGCCCCCUCAUCGUGCUUCUCACGGCGUACACGAGAUGGCGGCAGAUUUCGGAGCAGAGACAUGAGCAGCGGGAAACCGUGGCAGACACAGAAGAGAAAACAUAG